CAGAUAAACCAGGAACACGGAAGUAAACUUCACGCACCUGCUGGUUUCUGUCUCUUUAUCCUGCCUAGAACCUUCUCCUCACAACYACAGCGUCGCGAUGAUGGCAGACGAGGAGGAAGGAGCUCCGGCCGAGGAGCAGCAGAGUCAGUUCGGUUCUUCUUCCAGCGGACCGCCGGUCUCUCAGGGAGCCGCCGACCCGGCGCGGAGCACCGAGGAGCGGAAGGAGGAMAGCCCGGCGGCCCGCAACCACCGCGGCCUCGUCUCCGUGGACUCCUGCCUGGACCAGUUCAAAACCAGGAAGUUCUUCGUGCUGAGGCCCGGUACUCUCAAUCAGGCCAUCAAAGACGUCGAAGCUCUGGUGAAAAAGGAGGUAGACGGCAACUUCCACAGCAUCUGGCUGAUGGCAGAGGUUGAUCACUGGAACAAUGAGAAGGAGCGCCUCGUUAUCAUCACAGACAACUCUCUCCUGAUCUUCAAGUAUGACUUUAUUUUGCUGCGCUGUGAGCAGAUCCAGAGGAUCCAGCUGAACUACGUGGACCGCAUCUCUCAAGGCUCCUUCAGUUUCCCAAAGCAUUCCCUGCUCAAGAGAGAAGGGGAGGGGGUGCGUGUCUUCUGGGACCGGCUGAGAGAACCCUCGUUUGUCUCCAAAUGGAACCCGUUUGCCACAGACUUCCCCUUCAUCACGUUCACUCACCAUCCUGUACAGAACAUCGACAGCUUUGCUGCUCUCUGUGAUAUCCAGAACUUUGCAGAGCAGCUGAAGGAUGCAGCACAGAAAGCYCACACCCUAAAACCAGUUCCUGGGAAAGCCAACGGGGUCCUGGUCCUUCAGCAGCCGAUUUAUGUGGAGGCAUAUGUGGGCGCCAUGUCUUUCCUYGGGAACCAGAACAAACUGGGUUACUGCAUGGCUCGAGGAAGUGUUGGCUUUUAAACACUUUUACUGCUAUGUUUGUUGCUGCUGUUCUUGGUGUUUGCUCUUUUGUUAAGUCUCGAUUUCAUUGAAGUUUUCUACACAUCGACCAAGAUUUUUUGUACAGGAUUUCUUUUGCUUGACAAGAUGAGAGGUUUAAAGCUGUGUUCUCCCCCUCCUCAUUAUUAGUCUGUGGUGUCUGUGGAAAUAUCCACUUUCAACACAGCUCCUCACUGGUUGAUGGACACCCUGCUGCUUCCAGUAAGCUUUAUUUCUUUUAGCUCCUCAGUGAUUUGGUAAUUCAGCUGUUUUGCAAUGGGUCUCCUUGUCGUCCUCCCACGUUAAUUCUGUUUAAAAGCUCAUUUUCRUGCUGUUUAGCUCCUUAGAGAUUCACUGGAGCACAGAGAAGAUUUGUCAGCUUAGGUUUUGUUCUUUGUGAAUUUUUUAUAGUGCACACUGUUUUGGGAUUUCCCCAUCAUAUGUGUGUUUCCUUCAUGUCAUUCUGCUUGUUUUCUGCAACACAUUUGUCCUUUUAAACCUACAACAGCCAGAAAGCACAUAGGACAUUAUUCUGUUGUUUUAUUUUUUUUAGUCAUGAUCUACAAGCUGUUUGGAAUUUUCUGUAAACUCAUGUUGAUUGUAUUUUAAUACACUUAAAACUCAGGUUCAGGUCAGUUGUUACUUCAGUAGUUGCUAGAGGCUAACUCAGARUUUAGCUCCAAACUACAGCAAACAUUUAUCCAUGUCCUACAAAAGUAAAACUAAUAAAUCCUUUUUCCAGUGCAUUCACUUAUGCAAACCCAAGUAGUUUUAAUGAAGGAGUAAACAUGUUUGUAUUGUACUUUAUUUUAGUGCUUACUUCUCUAAUAAUCUAAACAGAACCUCUUCAUUUGGUUGGUACAUGUAUUUUUGAUGGUUUGCGUUAAAGUGAUGAUWAAAUACAUUGUUCUCUGCUUAUAAAUGGUGAUUUGUAAUGAUUUGGUAAAAGUGUGAAGAAUGUUAUAAAAUAUGUGAAUGUUCUUUUAUUACAGGUAAUAUAUAAAAUUAAAUAAAUUUACAAAACCA